AUGGAUCCCGGCGCCCCCCCCGCGGAGCCCCGCUGUGCCCUCGGGCCCCGGGGACCCCUCGAGCCCGUCCCGGCCGCGCUCUGCGCCCUCGGGGCGCUCCUGGGCCUCGGCUGCGGCUGCUUCGGCUACCGCUGCUUCAGGGCCGUCAUGUUCCUCUCGGGGCUGUUCUUCGGCUCCGCCGUCAUCUUCCUCCUGUGCCACCGGGAGCGCGUCCUGGGGUCCCCCCUGAGCCUGGAGGCGAGCGCGGGCAUCGCGCUGGGCAUCGGGCUGCUCUGCGGGCUCCUCACGGCGCUGCUGCGCAGCGUGGGGCUCUUCACCACGGGGCUGCUGCUGGGGCUGCUGGUGGCCGCGGCCGCGCUGGCCGCGCUGGCCCCGGCGGAGCCCCCGGGCAGCCCCUGGGUGGGCGCGGGGGUGGCGCUGGGGCUGGCGCUGCUCGGGGCUCUCUCCGCGCUGCGCUGGCCCCGCGCCCUCACCGUGCUGGGCACGGGCGUGGGGGGCGCGGCCGCCCUGGUGGUCUGCGCGGAUUAUUUCGCCGAGGGGGCGGCGCUGGUGGGGUUCGCGCUGGCCCGGCUGCGGGGGGCGCCGGGGGGGCCGCUCUGCUGGCCCGGGUGGGCGCUGCUCGGAGCGUGGCCCGCGCUCAGUGUCACCGCCGUGCUGCUGCAGUGGAAGGUGACGGCCCGAGGGGCACCGAGGGGACACGUCCUCAGCCGGCGGCAGAAGCGCCUCCGGCACAAGGAGCCCAAAGCCCCCCCCGGGGGUCCCCCUCGCCGCCAGCCCCCCCCAGCCCAGCGCUGCACGGACACCCCGAGCCCCAGGGACCCCCGAGCCUCCCCGAGCACCACCUGGAGCCUGCGGGACCGGCAGCCGGACAGCGGGACCCCGCCGGGACCCCCCGACAUCGCCACCCCGCCCCGACACCGCCUCUGA